AUGGAUGCAUUGACCUAUGAUGUUGUGCAUUUAUACUUCCCUCAGGAGGAGUGGUCCUUGCUGAAUCAAUCUCAGAAGAGACUUUACAAAAAUGUGAUGCUGGAGACAUACAGGAACCUCAAUGCUAUAGGCUACAAUUGGGAAGAACAUUGUCAAAGUGAUAGAAGACAUGGAAGGCAUGAAAGAAGUCCUGCUGGAGAGAAACCCUAUGAAUAUACACAAUGGGAUAAAGCCUUCACAUAUCACAGUCAUUUUCAAAAGCAUGAAAGAAUUCAAACUCGAGAGAAACCCUCUGAAGGUUUUCAACAGAGUGAAGCCCUUGCAUGUCAUAGUAGUCUCCAAAUACAUAAAAGAACAGAUACUGGAAAGAAACCCUACAAAUGUAAUCAGUGUGAUAAAGCCUUUUUACAACCCAAGUAUCUUCGAAUACAUGAAAGAACACAUACUGGAGAGAAACCCUACAAAUGUAAUCAGUGUGAUAAAGCCUAUACACAAAAGAGUCAUCUCCAAAUACAUAAAAGAACACAUACUCAAGAGAAACCCUAUGAAUGUAAUCAAUGUGGAAAAGCCUUUGCACAAAGCAGUCAUCUCCGAACACAUAAAGUAAUACAUACUGGAGAAAAACCCUACAAAUGUGAUCAAUGUGAUAAAACCUAUUCACAACAGAGUCACCUACGAAUACAUAAAAGAACACAUACUGGAGAAAAGCCCUACAAAUGUAAUCAAUGUGAUAAAGCAUUUGUAUCUCACACUCAUCUUCUAAUUCAUGAAAGAAUUCAU